AUGAAGCCCAACGAGUACGCAGGCGAGACGCCCAACUCAGCCAACAACAAUGCAAUCCCCCGCAUCAAGAAGCAAAUGAGUAUGUCGGCCCGAAUAGGACCGGAUGGGAUCCCCAUUUUUAAGCAGGUGCCUACCAUUGAAGAGGAAGAGGAGGAGGUCAAGGGUGCAGCUAAAUGGCGACAUAAGUGCACCAACUAUCUGCUCUGUAGAUGCUCGAAGCGUUUCUACACUGCAUGGAUGUGCUGUUUCGGCUUCAUGAUCACCUUCGGCAUCCGCUGCAAUAUCGGUUGGGUUACGUUGCAGAUGCGAAAUAACACACAUCCGGCGGCCGCUGAAAUCCCCAAGGCUAUCGAAAUUGCCAACGUCAGUACGGUGAGUUAUCUGCACUCAUUUCCAGCUCCUAGUGGCAUUCCCAAACUCCAGAAGGGAGGUUGA